AUGUAAAUCGAUCAAUUACAGCAUUCCACUCCUAUACAUGGGGAGGAGACAGAUAUCUAGAAAGGAAAGGAGGUAUCUUUAAUAGUUUUCCCCAAAAAGUUUCUAAAUCCCCAUAGUACUUUUCGAAUGAAAGGAGUAUCUUUAAUCAUUUAAUGAUAUUAAAGGAUUUCCAUCUAUUUGCAGACGCUCGCUACAUAAGAUAACAUGAAAUGCUGAAAAUUGGUCUUAGUUGUCAAAAUCCUUAUAAAAAAAUUUCCAAAAUAAUGGUGGAUUAAAAUGCUGGGACAAUCAAAUUGUGCUACACAUAACUUGAUUUUUCUGAAACUCCUUGGGAAUAUGUAGCAAAAAGAUUAUAAAGUUUCGGUGAUGUUUAAAUGAUGGAAUUAAGUGAAUAUAUCAGGAAGUAUUAUGAAUAAUUAAACUCUGGUUUGAAAUUGGAAAAAAAUGACAUUGUAUUUGAAAAUAAACUAUCAAAAAUAUUUUAGAUUCCCAAAGACAACUAUAGAUCAUUUGGAAUAUAUCAAUAUAAGUACUUAAAAAGCUUAAAUCAAUUCUUCAUAUCAGCAUUGACCUAUGACAUCAAAUUAAUUGAAGACUUGGGUUAUUCAGUACAACAUUUUAUAGAAUCGUGCAUAAAGAUUGGAAUUCCGGAGUAUAAAAAAUUUAUAAAUUAUAUCUAGAUUAUCUUUAUAACCUGGAUGUACAAAUACGAAUUACUACAAAAAUGUUAUGGAGUUUGCCAAACCUUUGAUGAAACCAAAAGAGGAGUAAGAUUUCUAUAUAUAUUCUCCUCUUUAUUCAUAAGUAAGAAUUCUUACUCAUUUCGUUAGGGCCUAAAAUGCGAUGUAUCUUUUUCUGUUACCAAAGAUCAUUUUGAAGCAGAGGAUGACACACUCAUUAACUUAAAUUUUUAUUUAAAUUAUUAGCCUUCAUUACGUAAUAAUUAAGCUCUUGUGCUUAAUAAGAAAUUAAAAUCUCAAAAUUGCAUUUCACAUUAUUACGAACUCACAGAUCAUCAUUUUUCUAGGUGUGGUUAUAAAAAGAAAAAGUUGAAUGGAGUAGUAUGA